AUGUUUACAGUACAGGCGGCAGCGUCCGACUAUUGGGAUUUCGGCGGCACAUGGUCGUCGGACCCGGCUGGCGUUUGGUUUGACAUGGACGUGCGCAACACAGUGGGCAUAGACAAGAAUAUACCCGUAAAAAUAUCUGACAGAGUGAUGGGCACGAAGUCUUCCGGCUUCAUGAACAAACGUUGGAUGGCAAAAGCCAACGCGAAGUACGGCCAUCUCGGGCCGGUAUCGUUGUUUGCCAUUAACCGUUUGGAAAGAAGCAUAGCAGUGUUCGUCGGAUUUGUCCAUUCACAAAACAGUAAAGAUUUCAUAACAGGCAUGUGGACUAUAGGAAGAAACUGUACGAAUAAUUUGGACAUUCAUCAGUCCGUAUUAAAUGUACCGGAUGUUUUGCGUAGAGAUAUCACUUAA